AAUUUUACUAGGAUCUGUGAACCUAAGACACAGCACUGCAGUUAAAUUUAGAUCAAUGAGACUAGAGACUGCUUUAAGUUUAAAGUUAGAACAGAGUUAGCCCAGUUAGGGCUCUUAGUUGAGCCCCAAGUCUCAUCUGAAUGUAAUCAAUUAAAUUUCUUUAAAAUAUUAUCGAAGUUAAACUAGAAAUGCCUUUACCAAGUGGAAGCAAAGAACCAGAUGAUAGCCAAACAUGGGAAUUAGCAGAAAGAUGUCUUCUUCCAAUUGCAUUUUCACAUGCAAUUGCAGUCAUUUUAGCGACUAUAUUAAAUACAUUGAGUAUAUCACAAACAUCUAGUUUUGUGCUUUUUCUCUUAUUGUUGGUAAUAUCUAUAGGAUCUACACUAUUUUAUCAUAACUUAAAGGUAACUGCCGCAGGAAAAGCAGUUCUUAUUACAGGUUGUGAUUCAAGAGUUGGAUACACUUUAAGUAAACAAUUAGAUGAACUGGGAUUUACAGUAUUUGCUGGAUUUAAUGCAAAAGUUGAGAAUGAAGAGACAAUGCAAAAAUUAAAACAGGAAGCUUCUGGUAGAUUACAUAUAUUGCAAUUAGACAUUACUAGUGAGCAUGAUAUUCAUUCAACAUUUCUUUAUGUAAAUGAAAACUUACCAGAUGGUGCACCAGGUUUAUGGGCAUUAAUACAUGCUGCUGCCUGGGUGACAUUAGGUGAAUGCGAAUGGGUACCUCCUUCUGUAUUAAAACGCAGUAUAGAUAUUAAUUUCAUUGGCCUUGCUAGAUUAACUCAGGUCUUUUUACCUUUGAUUAGACGAUCAAAAGGACGUGUUGUCAUAGUUAGCAGUCUCUUAGCUCGUAUUCCAAGUCCUGUCCGAGGCAUUUAUUGUGCAGUUAAGGCUGCAGUUGAAGCUUGGGGAGCUUGUCUUAGGUUAGAAAUGAGAAGAUGGGGAGUGGAUGUAGUUAUUGUUGAAACUAGUGAAUAUGUAUCUGGAAAUGCUUGGUUAAAAAAUAAUAGUGCCUUGCUGGAACAAGCUAGAGACAUGUGGACUCAAUUGGAUCCUCAAACCCGUAAAGAAUAUGGUCAAGAAUUAUUCCAAAAAGAAAUGUUGGCUCUUGAAAAAUAUACACAAGAGACAGAUGUAGAUUUAACACCAGUAACUAGAGCUUUGACAGAUGGAGUAAUGAAAACUUUUCCAAUGAGAAGAUACACACCAGUAUCACGUAAAGAAAGAAUACAAGCAUUAUGCAGUGAUUAUCUUCCAAAACCAGUUUAUGAUAUAUUGUAUGUAAAUUGAAAAAAAUUUGAAGAUCUACAUGAUCGAGAACAACGAAUGCAAUGUUCAAAUUUAAUAACCUCUGCCUAAUAGUCAGCUGUUUAUGACAUGAUACUGUACAGAAUAAAAUUACUUACUAGUCACAUUUUGUCACUUUAU